AUGUUCCAGCGAAUCAAGGGAGCCAUAGAUUCUCGCAUUGCAGAAGAGCAGGCUCGACAAAAAUUAGCCCAGGAGGCUCACUCCCUUUCUCGACCUAACUCCAGCACCCGUCGUUCCAACAUAAGAGCCGAUUCCCGCACCGCAAGGCUAAAACGGGAGAAUAGUUUUCCAGCGAAAAGCCCCGAUCCCGCUGAGUUUGACGUGGAGUUUGUUGUGGGCGAUGACGAUUCGUCCACUAGGACCAACACACCUGUUCAAAUGCAAGAAACAAGCGGAGAUGUGAAAGCUUCCGGAGACAAGGAAGGGGCGGGCGAGAGGGGACGAGAGUCUGCGCGUCCAUCAGAUGCGAUACCGGGGGAAACCACACAGACGGAGUUGCCAACCGAAGUGAGGGUGAAGCUACGGAGGCUGGAUAAGCUGGAAGGGAGAUAUCAAGAACUGCUAAAAGCGUACCGAAUUGCGCACGCACGUGUGCUCUCUAUUGAGCCCUUUGAAGCCUCCCUACGCGAGAAUACCCCGUUAACUUCAAUAAGUGACCCUAAGGCGUUAACGGAGUAUCUAAAUCAGAUUAGUUUGAAAGGUGAUAUGGUGCUAGAUGAGUUGAAGAGGGUUACUCCUGAAAGAGAUGAAUAUAGAAGGAAACUUUUAGAGGCCGAGAAAUCAGCCCGUGAUGCUCAGGAGGAGGUGGCUCGCCUGAAAGCGCGCAGUGUUUCCUCUGAUGAGAAGGGUUCCGUACAAGAUGAAGAGAUGAAUGGCGGCAGGACGCUACCCACAGUCGACACCUCAUUUGUUCCUGCAGAAAGCAACUCGUUCGCAAAUCCACAGAAAUCCCCAACUUUCUCGACAGCCGCUCGCGCCUCUAUUCCUGGCCUAUCAUUGUUUUCACCGAAAACGAAAGCAGUAACAUCGCCGCCUCUUGUGGAAGCGAGUGAAGAGUUCUUCUCUUUCGAUAAUGAAAUACCACGUUUAGAAUUGGAGCUGAACAAACGACAAGAGGAGGUUGACACUUUGAAAGCGGAGGUUAAAACUCUUAAGGGGGAUCUAUCUGUUGCGCGCGAGUCAACAGAAAGCAUGGCACAGAGCUUGGAAUUGGCCACCCGAGAACUGACGGGGCUGAAGGAGGCGAAAGAUCGAUAUGAGGCGGAUCUGGAAGGUCAGCGGAAAACACUUGAAGAGCAGAUUUCUGGUCUGAAAGACAAGCUUUCCGUGGCGGAGACAGACCUGGAGAAAUCAAGUGUUGUCAUGGAGCAGCUACAGACUCAGCUGGAUGAAAAGAAUAAAGAGUUGACACAGACUAGUCAAAAGAAAGAUGAUGAAAGUUCAAAAGUAGCCGCUGCAGAGGAACAGAAGACUUCCGGUGAAAAGCGGUUGAGUUUAUUACAAGACAUUGUCACGAACCUCAAGUCGCAGCUAAAAGACGCAGAAAAUACUAUAUCGGUUUUGAAGGCUGAGAUUUCUUCCAAAGAUGCUGAGGCAAAAGACAUUCAGAAGAUUGUGGCCUUCGUUGAUGGCGGUCUCAAGGGCAAUCAAACAUGGCAAGUCGCCAAGCAGCGUAUAUCAGAUGGGCAAACUGCCAAUUUUGAUGAUCUUCGGAAUAGCUUCAUUGUAAGCGACGAACAACCAAACAUCCCUUAUCAACAGGUUCCUCCUGCGACUAAGGGUGCGAAAAAGAAAAACAAGAAGAAGAAGAAGAAAGGUGGGAAAGGUGGCGCGGAGGAAUCUUCUGAAAUUGCACAAACUCCAGCUAUAGAAGUCCCUAUUUCUGAUAAUACGGCUGCUGUUGCUGAACUUGAGAACAAGAUUGUAAAACUAACUUCUCAACUUUCAGAGAAGGAGGCUGCCAUUAACCGUCUAGAUUCUAAACUUAAAGGAGAAGAUGACCUACGAGAAGAAAUUGAUUCUUUACGAGAUGACCUCCGUGAUAUCGGGCAGAGCUUUAUGGAAGCAAAGGACAAGGUUAAUGAACUCCAAACAGAAAAGCAGGCUCUUGAGAAAACAAUCCAGGAUUUGGAAAAGGAGUUGGUUGACCUACGCACCAACUCAUCGUCCAGUUCUGCUGAAGCGGAGGGCGCACACAAGGAUUUAGCCGCUGAAUUCGAGGAGUUAAAGAUAAAGGCGACAGCGUUGCAAACGGACCUGACUACUACUCAACAACUCGCAGCAUCGCGUUUCAAAGAUUUAACAGACCUCCGAGACACAUUUCAAAAGCUCCAACCGGAAUUGAGAACUCUCCCCUCGAAGGAAGAGCUCAAGAACAAAACCAACGAUCUAAAACGGUUGGAAAGACGACAUGAGGAUGUUAGAUCGGAAAUGAAAAAUCUGAGAGGCAAGAUUGGGGAACAGGAAGCCGAAAUCAAAGCUCUAAACCAAAAAGUUACGCAGGAGACGAAAACUCGAGUCAAGGCAGAGCAAGCAUUGGAUGUGGCACAGUCUGACCUACGCUACUCUGAGAGCAAAAAGCAGGAGGCUAUUGAAACAAAUGAGAAAACAACCAGACUUCUCUCAAAGACGCAAGAAGAGCUCAGGUCGUCGCGGACAAGGCUCCGGGAAGUUGAAGAGCAGGUAACACAGCUAAACAGAGACAUCGAAAACUUACGAGAUGAAAUUCAAUUAAAGACUGCGCAGUACGCCAGUGCGCAAAGCCUCAUGAACAGCAUGCGUGACCAAACGUCUGAGAUGGCAAUGCAAGUAAAGGAAGCCCGCGAACGCUGCGAGAGCCUUGAAGAAGAGCUCGCCGAUGCCCAUCGCCUACUCUCCGAACGGACACGAGAGGGCGAAACGAUGCGACGGCUACUAUCAGACGUCGAGAUGCGGGCAGAUGCCAAGGUUCGCGAUUUUAAGGAGCGUCUGGAAGCAGCCAUUGAAGAGCGUGACCGGGCAGAAGACGAAGCCAAUCUUUCAGGGCGGAAACGUGCGAGGGAAAUCGAAGAGCUGAAAUCCAAAGCACGGGAUAUGGAGCGAGAAUUGCGCCGUGCGGAGCAGGACAAGAGAGAACUGGAAGCCGAAACGGAGCGGUCGAAACGAGAGCUUGGCAAUGUGCAAACGGCAAUGACGGAGUUGCGCGAUGCGCUUGGUGAGAGUGAGAAUCAGGCGCGGGAGCUCGAGAAGGAGAAAAUAGAACUGCGUCGUUCUGUCGAGGAAACGAACCAGCGGUUGGAAAAGCUGCGCAAAGCCAACAAGGCGCUUACGGACGAGGUCAAAGCGUUUCAGGCUAGCAAGCGGCUCGGGUUCGAUUCGAAUAAUAGUUCUGGACGAUCGCCACGAUCUUCGCUGGAUUCUGGAGUGCAGCAACAUCGCCGCGGCGGUGGUAGUGUGGUCUCACCGUAUUCGCGGGUGAGGAGUGUAACACCGACGGGACCGGGCGCGGGGUCGAUUGACUAUGUGUAUUUAAAGAAUGUGCUGUUGCAGUUUCUGGAGCAGAAGGAUAAGAAUUAUCAGAAGCAGCUUAUUCCGGUGUUAGGGAUGUUGCUGCAUUUCGAUACGAAUGAUGAACAAAAAUGGAUGUCUGCGAUCUCAUCUAAAUAG